GUGUUGGACCUAAGACAUAGGCAUUCCAAGUUCGGUGGCGCCAAGGGGAACAUGUCUGUGAUCCUUAAAUACUUUUGCUUGAGGAAGACUCCCAAACUUCCACGUAAACUUUUCGCAUUUUUCUUUCACUCAAGUUUUUCAGCCAUCACCUGCAAUAACUUGAUGACAAUUCUCACGGUACUUUUAUUACGAAACUUUUUUGGGAAUCUGGAAACGACGAAUGCCUCAAGCUGUUUCCAUGUUUUUUGGUGGAGCACGUGCCGUGUGCUGCACGCAUUUUCCCUCCUUUUUUCUUUCUUCACCACACAAACUGAUCGCCACCUGCUACAGUGAAAGGAAUUUCAGCAAAACUUUAGUGAAAUAGUGAUUUCAGACUUGCCUGAACUUGUGUAAUCAAUAACCUGCGCCGAUUGAAAUUGUUUGCCGAUUUGGACGCAGUUGAUUUAAGAAGAGGGAAACUCCACGACAUUGGAAUUAGGGCCAACAAGAGGAACUACCGGUGUCUCACCUCCAGUCUUCUUUUCCCUAACAAGAUGACAUGCGUCGUGUAGGUGUUUAUGGCCGACUACCAACUAAAGACCCUCAUGGUAAUAGUACCUCCUGUGGGUUGUUUGGAUUCUGACUUGCACACCCGCACGGCCUUCUUCUGCCAACGAGACUGUCGGGUGUCAAAUUCAUCAUUUAUCGCAGUUGAUCAUCUCACAUUUGGGGACUACUCUUCUAGCCGUCGUUCACCAAAGUCAAGAUUUGUAAAAAAAAAAAAAAAUUCAACAAUAAACCCCAGCCCCGCGAACGAAGAAACGAAAGUGACGGUUUGAAAAAAAAAAACAAAAACAAAAACAAAAAAAAAAAAUCAAUGCAUCACGGCGGUAGAAUGUGGUGAUAGUUGAUUUGUCGUUGUCUUUUUUCGAAACAACAAAAGAAAUCGAGAGAACAAGACGAGUGACACAAAACACAUAAUCAAAGCUGGAUUCGUUGGCGGCGGGUGCUGUUGCAAGUAGCGCUGCGGCUGCCAUUGUCAGUGCCAGCGCCGGAUUAUUGAUAGCGCGCUCCAACAUGGCCGCUUUCGAAUGGGACUGCGAUUGCGGCUGGGAAUGGGAUUUGGACUCGACGGAAUGGACGACGUCGGCGUCGGUGAGCGAGGCUGGCAGCCUUGGUCGGCCGGCGCCACCUCCGCCUCCGCCGCCAUUCUUCGACCUGCCGCCUCCACCUCUGCCGCCAUCCCUCCAACCUCCGCCCGAGCUGUGCUCGACGUCCGACCAUCCGCUGGGACUAGAGACUUGCCAAGCUUUCCUGGUGAGCGAUGCUGAGCGUCAAGUUCCUGUCGACACGUCCUCAUCGGCCGCCGUCAUUUUCAUUCCGGCCGUCGUCCUGACGAUCGCCUUCUUCAUCAUCGGCUUCGUCGCUUGGAGGUUCCGCAAACAAAAGUUGAACCAGAAAGCGCUUUUACGUUGCCAACAAAAGACGAUCAACGGUGCCGGAGGAGUUGCAGUUGGCGGAGGGAUGAUGGACGGCGUUCCGGCUUUACUUCAAGGCCUCAACGGUCGUCAAACAGGAGCCAAUCUCAACGAGGACGAGAACGGCGUCUUCUACGAUGAACUCAUUUCUUAUCCGCCGCAAUUCAGAGCGCCUAACCAUCCGCCCGCUUACGAGAUGAAGGACGUGCUCCUCGAGUCGACUUCUCCGUGCCACUGCACGGCUCAUCCAUUGCUGGGCAACGGAAGCGGUAGGAACGCGAGGAACGGCUGUAGUGGCGGCGGCGUUCCUCGUAGCAGUUUGCACUGCCAGCAGCCGCACUACGUCACGUCGCCGUACCGCUGCGCUAGUCACUCGCCGCCGUCAUCGACGCCCACUAUCGACGACCAGCACGACUCUAGCUGGAUCACAGAGCCCGUUUACGAAGAGCUGCCUUCCGGUCCCGAAGAGGACGGACGAUACCCGCAGGAUCACCAGCGCUUGCGGCAUCGGAACGACUCGGUCAGCAUUAAUGAUUCAUUACGCAGCCAAAGAGGUGGCUCCGCCGACCAGAGGCCUUCGAAUUACAGCAACAACAGCAACUGGAGCGGGGAAGAGCCCGGCGAGACGGAUUUCUUCUUACCGCCAUCCACCUGGUACCACCAGCAGACGCAGCAGCACAGCAGCCCGAUCCUGAGGGGUCAGAUGACGACUCAAGGUCCCGUCCGUCAGGGUCGAGGUGGAAUCCGAGCCGCCUGGAGAGAAAUGGAGCCGGCUCCUCGCUGUCGUGGGACGUUAAGUAGCGUCAGUCAACCCAAUUCCGGUCGGAGGAAACGCAAAGUCAAAUCGAUGAAAAAUCCCGGCGGAGGUGGAGGAGUUGGGGGAGGAAUGGAGACGCUGGACAACCAAAAUCUCCAUUAUCACUGCAGCGGUCUCUAUCGCGGUAUCUGCCCGCCGGAAGAGCCUCCUUUUGCGGCCGUAGAAAACGACCCCACGAUCGCCUCUUUGCUGGAUCAGGACAGUCCGGUUCCGCCAGAGCAACUCAGUACUCCAACGAAAACUCAGCCACGCUAUUAUUACUACUCGGAAAGCGACGAUUACGGCGUAAUGAACCAGCCGACACGGACCUUGUCCAAUUCACGACGGGCAGCCCAAUUACAACAGCAACGCCAUCUAUCACGCGUGCAGCGAACCCUUCAGGCGCGGUCGCCAACGUCGGUGUCCUCUGAAAAGAAUGUCGGCCUCAAUUAGUUGACGUUGUUUACACAUAUUUUACACACACACACACACACACACACACACACACACACACAGAUACACAUAACACGCCAACCGCUACCGCACAAAAGUCAUUCCAAAAAAAGAAAACUGACCAACAACAGACAAUCGAUCCUAAAUUUUGCCCUCAAUCUUCUGCCGUUCUCCUACACCCGUCCAGUGGGCGAUUGUGUACAUUUUCUCUUUUAACAGCCAUUUAAUACCGGGCCAACUCAAAAAUUAUAUGGAGGGAGUGUACGUUAAAAAAAAAAAAAAAUAUGGGGGGAAAAAACAAGUACCAAACAAAUGAAUACCAAUCAUUUCGACCACUUUACACUUUACGUGGUAGAACGGCCGGAAACAAGUGAUGCGUUUUACUCCACUCUGUUUGGCUAAAGUCUUUUUAUUUCUGCCUCGUUCUCCCGGGCCAGCGAUAAUCAAAAAUAGUGCCCGACCAUCAGCUCGAAUUUCGCGGUUUAAAUUAUUUUCAUUUUAUUUUCUGGUUUUCUCCUCUGGAAGUGACCGAGUGAAAAGAGUGAAGUAAAAACAACAACAAAGAAAAAUGUAUGGAGCAAGAAAAUGAAGACCCCUGUUUUACGUUUUCAACUUUCUUUUUAUGUUUGUUUGAACAAGAAAAUUAUUCUUUUGGCGGAACUGGAUUUUUUUCUCCGACAAUAUCUGCAGAAGAAACCCUCACUGACUAUUUUAUUUAUCAAAAAUUUAAAUCACUGUAAAGAAUUUCUUUUUUUUUUUCUUUCUCUCCAGAUUCCUUAAUUAUGAAAAGAAAAUGUCUGUUUGUGAACGUCUCACUGUGAUAUUGUCGAUGUUUUUGUUGUUUUUUCUUGUUCAAUUCUCGUUAUUUAUCUCUUCUUCUUUUGUGGAGAGGUUUCUUUCGCUCAAUCUUAAAAACAAAAGAUAAAAAAAAAAAAAUGCAACAGCUGAUUGCGAAAGUGGGUGUUUUCUGUAGACGGACAAAGAAGUAUGGGCGUGUCCGUCUUUCAUAUUCCUGACAUUCGUUCGCGCCCAUCACACAUCGUGAGCACACACUGGCACACAGAUAUUCCUACGUUUACCACCAAACCAAAUCACCCCUCUAUACAUUACGGCAGGUGAACUGUUGCACAUGUGUGUACCCCGUUGGUUUUCGUUCCAGUCGAGAGACGGGCAACAAAAAGCAGAAAGAGAAAAAUGACGUGGAAUAGAAAGAG